GAGGGCGGCGGUGGCAGCUGCGCUCGGAGCCGGGACGCGGCCGUGGGUCGUUUACUGCCCGUGCGGGGGCCGCCGGCCGUGUAAGUGCGGGGCCCUGGGCGGGGGCGGCGGCGGCGGGGCGUCCGGCCCGUGCACCUGCCGGGGCGCCCCUGCGCCUGUGGCCGCGACCCUCGCCGCGUGGUGGCCCGCGCCGGGCCCCGGCCCUCGCCGUCCCUGCCCUCCGCGGCCCCCGCCCCGGGCCUCUCCCGCCCGCGCCGGCCCGGCCCGGGCAAGUGCCCUGCUUGCUCCCCUGCUGCCGGCUGCAGAGCGGCCAGCUCUCCCCCGAGGAGGCCGCGGACAGGUGUCACCCAGCCGCACCAGCACCCCCAGUCUGGGGCCCGUGGAGUCCACGUUUGCCGAGAGGGCUCGGACGUGGAAACUGGGAUAGCGCCCAGCGAGGGUCAGUGUCCGGCGAGGGUCAGCGCACUGUGAGGUCGCUGCGAGCACUUCGCACUGUGGGCCGGAGCCUCCCUGCGCAGCACUGUGGGAGGAGCAUUUGUAGGAGUUGGGUUCAGGGCAGGGCGAGGCCGCACCCGCGCUGUCACUUCUGCAUGGGCCGCCGAGAUGAGCGUCCCUGACUACAUGCAGUGUGCGGAGGACCACCAGACACUGCUGGUGGUGGUGCAGCCAGUGGGCGUGGUGUCGGAGGAGAACUUCUUCCGCGUGUACCGGCGCAUCUGUGCGGUGAGCCAGGUGAGCGUGCGGGACUCGCAGCGCGUGCUCUACAUCCGCUACCGCCACCACUACCCGCCGGGCAACAACGAGUGGGGCGACCUGCAGACGCACCGCAAGGUGGUGGGCCUGGUGACCGUCACCGACUGCGCGGCACCCGGGGACUGGCCGCAGGCGCUCGAGCGCUUCCACGCGCAGAAGGAGAUGUAUGGGCCCACGCUCUACGACUCGCGCCUCUUCGUCUUCGGGCUGCCCGGCCACAUGGCUGAGCCCCCGCGCCCCGACGUGGCCUUCUACCCCAGCUACGACGCCUGCGACUCGGUGGAGAAGCGCAUCGAGGACUUCGUGGAGUCACUCUUCAUCGUGCUGGAGUCCAAGCGCCUGGACCGUGCCACCGACAAAUCCGGGGACAAGAUCCCGCUGCUGUGCGUGCCCUUCGAGAAGAAGGACUUCGUGGGGCUGGACACCGACAGCAGGUGCGGUAGAGCCUCUAACUCUGCCUGCCCCUCUCUCUCUUCUCUCCCUCCCUUUCCCCCCUACCGCCCUGUGAGUUCGAUGUUGGGUCUGAAAAGGCACUACAAGAAGCGCUGCCAGGGGCGCAUGCGGAAGCACGUGGGGGACCUGUGCCUGCAGGCGGGCAUGCUGCAGGACGCGCUGGUGCACUACCACAUGGCCGUGGAGCUGCUGCGCUCCGUCAACGACUUCCUGUGGCUCGGUGCGGCCCUGGAGGGCCUGUGCUCGGCAUCCGUCAUCUACCACUACCCUGGGGGCACGGGCCGGCCCACCGGCACGCGGAGGUCCCAGGGCGGCCUGCUGCCUGCUGAGGCCGCCAACAGACACCGGCCAGGGGCACAAGAGGUUCUCAUUGACCCAGGUGCCCUCACCACCAACGGCAUCAAUGCCGACACCAGCACUGAGAUCGGGCGUGCCAAGAACUGCCUGGGGCCAGAGGACAUCAUCGACAAGUACAAGGAGGCGAUCUCGUACUAUAGCAAGUACAAGAACGCGGGUGUCAUUGAGCUGGAGGCCUGCGUGAAGGCCGUGCGCGUCCUGGCCGUCCAGAAGCGCAGCAUGGAGGCGUCCGAGUUCCUGCAGAACGCCGUCUACAUCAACCUGCGCCAGCUGUCGGAGGAGGAGAAGAUCCAGCGCUAUAGCAUCCUGGCCGAGCUGUACGAGCUCAUCGGCUUCCGCCGCAAGUCGGCCUUCUUCAAGCGCGUGGCCGCCAUGCAGUGCGUGGCCCCCAGCAUCGCUGAGCCCGGCUGGCGCGUCUGCUACAAGCUGCUGCUGGAGACGCUGCCCGGGUACAGCCUGUCCCUGGACCCGCAGGACUUCAGCAGAGGUGCGCACCGGGGCUGGGCGGCCGUGCAGAUGCGGCUCCUGCAUGAGCUGGUGUACGCGUCCCGGCGCAUGGGCGACCCUGCGCUGGCCGUGCGGCACCUCUGUUUCCUGCUGCAGACCAUGCUGGACUUCCUGUCCGACCAGGAGAAGAAGGACGUCACCCAAAGCCUGGAGAGCUACACGUCCAAGUGUCCAGGCACCAUGGACCCCAUCCCACUCCCGGACGGCCUCACCCUGCCCCCUGUGCCCUUCACCAAGCUGCCCAUCGUCAGGUGUGUGAAACUGCUGAGCCUCCCGGCCAGCCUGCGGCCCCAGAAGGUGAAGAGCCUGCUGGGCCCCAGCGUCAGCAGCAAGAGCCCCUUCAUCUACUCGCCUAUCACCGCCCACAGCCGUGCCGAGGAGCGCAGCAAGAAGAUCGACUUCCAGUGGGUCCAGGGCGAUGUGUGCGAGGUGCAGCUGAUGGUCCACAACCCCAUGCCGUUUGAGCUCCGAGUGGAAAACAUGGGCCUGCUCACGAGCGGCGUGGAGUUCGAGUCCCUGCCUGCGGCGCUGUCCCUGCCUGCCGAGUCUGGCCUCUACCCGGUGACGCUCGUUGGAGUCCCCCAGACCACUGGGACCAUCACUGUGAACGGCUACCAUACCACGGUCUUCGGCGUCUUCAGCGACUGUCUGCUGGAGGACCUGCCGGGGCUGAAGAGCAGCGGCUCCUCCGUGGAGGUCGUCCCCGCCCUGGCCAGGCUGCAGAUCAGCACGUCGCUGCCCAGGUCUGCGCACGCCCUGCAGCCGCCCGCCGGGGACGAGGUGACCGCCAACGUGUCCGUGCAGCUGUUCAACGGGGAGACGCAGGAGCUGGUCAUCAGGCUGGAGAACAUCGGCGUGCAGCCGCUGGAGAAGCUGGAGGUCACCUCCAAACUCCUCAGCACCAAAGAGAAGCUGUCGGGGCCCCUCCUGAGCUGGAGGCUGGAGGAGACGCUGGCCCAGUUUCCCCUGCAGCCCGGCGAGGUGGCCACGCUCACGGUCAGCAUCCGUGCCAAGCUGGACUUCUCCUGCCAGGAGAGCCUACUCCAGGACCUGAGUGAUGAUGGCGUCAGCGUCACCGGCUUCCCCCUCAGCAGCCCAUCUCGCCAGGUGGUGCGGCCUCGAGCGGACAGUAAGGCGGCUGUGCCUGAGGGCAGCAGGCCCGGGGAUCCAGGGCCCAGCAAGACCCUGGAGGCCAUCCUGCACUUCAAGUACUCGGGCGGCCCGGGCCACGCCGAAGGCUUCUACAGGGACGUGUCCCUGGGGCUGCACGUGGACGUGGGGCCGUCCGUCUUCUUCACCCGUGCCAGCACCCUGCCGGCCACCAGCACCCGCCAGUGUCACCUGCUGCUGGACGUCUUCAACGCCACAGAGCAGGAGCUCACGGUCAGCGCCUGCAGCGCCGACGAGCUGGUCCUGCAGGCCGGCAGCUGGCAGCGCAUGGCCAUCCGAGUGGAUAAGUUCACCUUUGAGAACCUGCCGGAGCCCCCCGGGGACAGGGCAGCGCUCGCCACGCCCCGGCGGCUGGAGGAGGAGCGGCGGGAGGCGCGGGGCCAGGAGCUCAGCAGCAAGCUGGGCCUGCGCUGGACCAUCCCAUCCCUGAAGCGAGCGGGCGAGGCCAGCGUGGACGGUGCCCUCAGCCAGCUGGUCCUGGAGCAGCUGCAGCUGGCGCCCUUGCACUGGGACGUGCUGGUGGACGGGCAGCCGUGUGACUGCGAGGCGGCGGCCUGCCAGGUGGGCGACCCCGUGUGCCUGGAGGUGCGGCUGACCAACCGGAGCCCGCGCUGCGUGGGCCCCUUCGCGCUGAGCGUGGUGCCCUUCCAGGACCACCAGAACGGCGUGCACAACUACGACCUGCGCCACGCCGUCUCCUUCGUGGGCUCCAGCACCUUCUACCUGGACGAGGUGCAGCCCGCGGGCCAGUCGGCCUGCCUGGGGGCGCUUCUCUUCCUCUACACGGGCGACUUCUUCCUGCACAUCCGCUUCCACGAGGGCAGCUCGGGCCCGGAGCUGCCGCCCGCCUGGUUCUGCCUGCCCCCCGUGCACGUGCGCGCCCUGGACGUCCAGGCCUGAGCUGCACCGCCCUCCCGGCUCCAGCCCUGCAGGCAGUGGUCACCCCGAGACUGGCCUGGGCCUUUGUCUUUGCCGCCGCCACCGUCCAGGCUGGUUCUCAACGGCCAGCGGGAGCCUCGGCCUUUACCCCUGGGCCCUGGUCAACUCUGGGCCAGCUCCGGCCUCCCUGCUGGCCCGUCCUUGGAACUCAGUGCUGUGGCCAGCAUGUCACAACUCAUGACAGUUUUGCAAUAAAGCGCCUGGUUCCUCCUCUCAGA